CCAACCAUCACUCUCCAAGUCUCCAGCGAGCCCAGUCCUCCGAGAUUCCAGCCCGCGUGAGGUCAGCUCGGCACGGCACGGCACCGCACCAUGCCCGCCGCCCAGCUACCCUUCCUCCUCGCGCUCCUCCUCGUCGCCUCGCGGGAGGCUCUACCCGCGGCGUCGGCCGGCGACGCGCAUCCGGGGUACGCCGAUGAGGGCUCCUGCGGGCUCGACGGCGGCCUCAGCGCGGCGGCCCCGCGGCGGCUGGAGGAGAGCGAUGGCGGGCGGCGCAUCCUGGACAUCACGCACGCGUACCGGCCGGACCUGCCGGCGUUCGCGCCGGGGGCUGUGACGGGGCCCGUGGUGCGGCUCAAGGAGUCGAUGGAGAACGGGUCGGCGUACAACCUGUCGGAGCUCAAGAUGGAGUGCCACAUGGGCACCCACGUCGAUGCGCCGGGCCACAUCAACCAGGGCCACUUCGCCGCCGGCCUCGACGUCGACACGCUCGACCUCGAAGUCCUCAACGGACCUGCGUUACUGGUUGAUGUUCCGAGAGACACAAAUAUAACAGCUCAAGCAAUGGCAUCCCUAAAUAUCCCAAAAGGAGUUAGUCGGGUUCUAUUCAGGACACUGAACACCGACAGGAAGCUGAUGUGGAAGAAGGAAGGUGACCUAAGUUAUGUUGGAUUUACAGAGGAUGGUGCACAGUGGUUAGUUGACAACACUGACAUCAAGCUAGUUGGGGUUGACUAUCUCUCAGUUGCAGCAUUUGAUCACUUAAUCUCUGCCCAUGUGGUCUUUUUCAAAAACCCGGACAUAAUUCCAGUGGAAGGUCUGAAACUAGACGAUGUAAAGGCUGGAAUAUACAUGUUGCAUUGCUUACCUCUCAGACUGGUUGGAGCAGAGGGUUCGCCAAUCAGGUGCAUCCUCAUCAAGUGAUCACUCCUCGCAGUCCUCGCUGAAGAAGUAUCACGCCAGCUGAAUCUGCACCCUGGCUGAUGUCUUGGCACACAAUCCACCUCUGUGUGAAAGAGAAAUGAUGCAUGCACAUAUAGAUAUGUUUGUACCGUCAAUAAAGCGAUAACAAUAUUUCCUUCGAGACAUUUACACUAGGGUUAAGCCAGUGGUGUAAGACAGACCUACAGUUGGCUUUAAACGAGGCCUGGAACCUGGUAUUUCACAACUGAAAAUUGGAGAAAUCCUGAGUAAGCACCAGCAGACUGAAAAA